AUGUCUUCAGAAAACCCCCACUCGCAAGCUUACCUCGAGGCCAACAAAGGCCCAGCUAUUCUGGGCAUAGUUAUCACCGCAUCCAUCCUUAGCACAGUAUUCGUGUUUGGCCGGGUGUUUACUCGGAAGAGGAUCAUAGGCGCACUCCACCUCGAUGACUGGUUCACCAUCAUCGCCAUGAUCUUCCAGUGGUGCCAAGUCGCAGUCACUAUCGUGGCUGUCCGUGAUGGCAAUGGCAGACAUUUCGACACCCUGAAUAUGUCCCAGCAGCAGAACGCCAUCUUCUUUACCGUCUUGGGAUUUCCAUUUGGUGUCAUGGCCUUUGGAUUCCCCAAGCUUGCGGUGGUUGCUCUCAUCACACGACUCAUGAAUCCCGGAAGAGUGCACAGAAUCUUCCUUUGGACACUCGCCGGAUGCUGUAUGCUGAGCUUGGUGGGCUGCAUCAUUAUUCUGUUCGCGCAGUGCUCGCCAGUCGAAUCCCAGUGGGACUUUUCAAUCACCGACAAGUCUUGUUGGAGCCCCUACAUCCUGAUUGACUUUGCUAUUUUCUCGGGUGCGUUGUCUGCUGCCACAGAUCUAUAUCUUGCCAUAUACCCCGCUGUGGUUCUAUACAGCUUGCAGAUGAAUAAGCGCAGGAAGAUUGCCUUGUCGUGUGCACUAGGUAUCGGGUCAACUGCAACAAUAGUAGCGAUUUACAAAUGUACUCGACUGCCUUCACUAGGAAGCCCUGACUUCUCGUACGAAACAUCAGACUUGGUAAUCUGGACAAUCAUCGAAGCGAGUACGAUUAUCAUCGCAUCCUGUAUACCGGUCCUCCAACCACUCGUGGAUGCUAUGCUGGGCCGUCGAGCAUUCGGAUCCUCCCCUGGAUAUAAUAAUUAUAAAUCGUCGGGAUACCAGAGUUAUGGUAACUCUGGCACGUGUAAGAUCGAACUCAGCGAUAAUCGAAAAGGACGCAGUGCCAGCAAUGUAGAUACUACAAACCUCAAGUAUCUUGGAUCGGGGGCAGCAGAAAUCGACUCGCAGGAAAGUAUAUUGCGUCACGAAGGAUCAAAGGCGAGGGACGUAGCGUCACGGGACGAGUAG